UCACGCAUGCGCCAUGGUGCAUGCUGCUGACCGGCCUGGAGGUCCCGCGAGGCAGCAGCCCUCAACCGGAGAGCGACAGUUGAAAAAUACUGUGGCAGAAACAUUGAAAUGGGAAAGAAAAAGGAAAGACAAAAUUCUUCACAGGAUGAUGAAGCCUCUGAGAGCUGUGUGCCACAAUGUUUACAUGUUCGUAAAGCAGUGAAUCUAAACCUGAUUAAGAAACAGUUACUUCAGCGUUGUUGGAAUGUUUGUGAUGACUGCAAGGCGAAUACCAAAACAGAGGAGAAACACGAACUUGAUGACGAUCCAGCGGUCUGGUUAUGCUUAAAAUGUGGGCAUCAGGGUUGUGGAAGGAAUUCAGAAGAACAACAUGCCUUUAAACAUCAUGAGAAGCAGCAUUCCGAACCACAUUGUGUGGUUCUUAAUUUGGACUGUUGGGCUGUAUGGUGCUACUUGUGUGAUGAAGAAAUACACUAUGAAGUCAAAGAUCAGUUAGGUCAAUUUGUGGCAUAUAUCCAAAAAAAGACUACUGACAAAUGUGUAAAAGGAGCUAUGGUGUCUCAAACAAAUGAGAAAACUAAGGGAAAGGAAGACAAUACAACAGAAACUGGGAAACAUGAGAAAGGAAAGACUGUGGCACAACUGAAUCAACAGAUACCAGUGAAAGGGCUCAGUAAUCUUGGCAAUACUUGUUUUUUUAAUGCUGUCAUGCAGAUCUUAUCACAGACCUAUGUACUGCAUGAGUUGAUUCAGCAGUUAAAAAUGAAUGGAAGUACACUGACAAUUAUGACACCUGAUUCUUUAAAUUUGGGACAGCUAGAGAUUCACCUUGAUCAACCGGGACCACUGUCAUCAGCAAUGCGCCAAUUUCUUCUUGAUUUCCAAGAUACCAAAAAGAAUGUUAUCACUCCUAAGGAGUUGUUCACUCAGGUCUGUAAAAAAGCUGUACGAUUUAAAGGAUUCCAACAGCAGGAUAGCCAAGAGUUGCUUCGUUACUUAUUAGAUGGAAUGAGGACUGAGGAGAUCAAACGUAUUGGUGCUGGUAUUGUAAAAGCCUUAAAUUACUCUUCAGAGAUGAUGGAAAAUGAAGAAUCCAGGAAAACCAUGAAAGCAUAUGAAAAAGAAGGGUCCAUGCUAAACUUCGUUGACCAGGUGUUUGGUGGCAAAAUGACAAGUACAAUCAUGUGCGAGGAAUGCAAAAUGGUUACAUUAGUAGAAGAAUCAUUUUUAGACUUGUCGCUCCCUGUUUUGGAUGAGCAGAUUGAUAAGAAAAAGCCUCUGGGAAAAUCUGGAAGGAACAUUGUUGAUGAGGAUCAGAAUGAUAACCGUGGGGAUUGCGAUGGAAACUUUAUUUCCAAGAACAGAGAUGAUGUCUCAACUGGCACUAGCAAAUAUCAACAGAAAAAGGCUAAAAAACAGGCUAAAAAGCAGGCCAAGAACCAACGCCAGCAGCAAAAGCAUCAGGCAAAACUGCUCAAUUUGGAGAACUCUUCUGAAAAGUGUUCUUUGGAUGAAGUACAGACUGGAAAAGUUGCUUCCUCUUUAGAAAACAAGACAGAUCUGGAAUCUAGUAACACUAUGGAAACACUUUCUCCAGAACAGAGUCCUACUGACGGCGUUUCUGCUAGCCAUUGUCUUGGAACCAUACAAAAAGAAUCUAUGGAAGGAAGUGUUCAAGAACUGACCCAAGUCAAUGCUGAUCUAGACAAUGAAGAGGGUGAAAUUGUGCAUAGGAAAUCUCCCUCUGAUCAGUCCUACAAUUCCAAGAACUUCGACUCUUCAGAUAUAUUUGAGUCAAACAUGAUGAAUGAGAACCAAUUUAGUGCACUUUGUUCCAGUGAAGACGAAGAAAAUAUUGUCAAUAACAUGAAUAAAUUGAACUUGAACGAUUGUAUAGUGAAUCAUGAUGAAAUAACUUUAACUCUAAAAGAGUAUAAAAACUCUUCUGAAACAACAAAUGAUCUGUUCACUUCCACAAAAGACAAACGGGUGGUUUGGCUGGACCCAGAGAAAGCAUUUUGUACCCUUACAGACCGAGAGCUACUAACUGUAGAGGAUUGUUCUAUUAGGGCUUGUUUACGUCAGUUCACCCAAAUAGAAAAACUCAUUGGAGCAAAUAAACUGCUAUGUGAAGAAUGCACCCAACGGCAGUACAAGAGAGGAUCAAAAACCAAUGCAAAUGAUGAGAAGAAAGUGUACACGAAUGCCAGAAAACAAAUGCUGGUAUCAUCUCCUCCUCCAAUUCUUACCCUUCAUUUGAAAAGGUUUCAACAGUUAGGCUUCAAUCUUCGCAAAAUAAACAAGCAUAUUCAUUUUCCACAAGUGCUUGAUCUUGCUCCAUUCUGUGCACUAAACUGCAAGAAUGUGACAGAGAACUGUACAAAUGUAUUAUAUAAUCUCUAUGGAGUUGUGGAACACAGUGGCACUAUGAGAUCGGGCCACUAUACAGCUUAUGUCAAGGUGCGGACUCCUAGCAGCAGUCUUACUGAAUAUGCAAUGAAUAGAUGUACACUGUCAGAAAUCAAAGAAGAAUCACACAUGGGGAGUUGGUUCCACAUAAGUGAUACCCGUGUACAAGCUGUACCAGAGACUAAAGUUCUAAGUGCCCAGGCCUACCUGCUCUUUUAUGAGAGAAUUCUCUAACUGUCUGCUAGGAAACAUCUUAUCCAAACAGAUGACGUGUUUAAUUUCUAGCAGAAAAAUGGAAAGCAGUAUCUAGCUUCUAAAUCUAUGCAACAUCGAGAUUAAAUAAUUAUUGCCUGUGAUUUCACAAUGCAAGUAGAAGUGGCUUGUAUAAUAUGAACUCUCAUGUACUAUUGUAGUUAAGGUAAAGUUUAAGCAAUAUAGUUAUUGAAAGUAAGCCAUACAAAAAAACUAAAAUGUUUUGUGCUUUUCACAAAACAUGCAUUGUGAAAAUGUUCACAGCCCCCCAAUUUUCCUAAAAACAUAACUGGUUAUUGAAAUGUGAACAUUUCAAAAUUUUUAAAGAAUUAUUCUACUUGUCUAGAUAUAUGAAAUGAUUAAGCUUGAAUGUGAGGAAGACCACUAUAAUCUGUUGAUCAGACCAACUGACUCUUCCAAGCAAGCAUUGGCAGCUGGUUGUUGAGUUAAAUAUGAAUUUUGAAACAAAUGCUAUGUAUAAUGUAAUGUACAGUUCACUAAAGGCACAGGCAAUUAACUUGAAUAAAGUGUUUAU